AUGAUAAUAUCUCCCAGCUUGUUCAAGAUAUCAGAAAGGGGAGCGCUGAAGCAGUUAAGAGGAGGAGGCCAUGCAGACCCAUCAGGGGAUAAAGACGAAGAGAAUGAUGUUGGCCCAUAUAAGAGACGUAAAUCCCCUGUAUCGUCAAUAAAGGGCCGGCCUCAGUCCCUCAGUCCGCAUAGGCGAUCAAGAGCUCGGGCUGUAUCAACCAGUGCCAAUGACCCUGAAUUUAGAAGGACCACGAAUCUUGGAAAACUCUGGAGUCCCGAUGAUGCUGCCGGUCCUUCAUCACCACGUCCAAAUCCAGCAUCACGACAAACAAGGAAUAUUAGUCAACCUAAGAGUCGAGCAGAUGUUAUUGAAGAUGAAACUGAAUCGACUAGGCUUAUUAAGCAGCCGGAGACUCGACCAAUUAGUCAAGAACAGCUAAUUGCUGAAGUCAAGGGGAUCUACGCAGGACUUGUAAUGGUUGAAUCCAAGUGCAUUGAGGUUGACAAUGCACAACAGUCCCAAAAUGAAACCCAGCUGAACAAUGAGCAAUGGCAAGCGUUGAUAGCACUGCAUAGGACGCUCUUACACGAGCACCACGAUUUCUUCCUAGCCUCACAGCAUCCUUCUGCGAGUCAGGCAUUACGACGUUUGGCAUCUAAAUAUGCCAUGCCGGCCCGUAUGUGGAGGCACGGCAUACACUCCUUUCUUGAGUUGUUAAGACAUCGGCUCCCACACUCUUUAGAGCACAUGCUCACAUUUAUUUAUCUCGCAUACUCCAUGAUGGCGCUUCUAUACGAGACUGUUCCGGCUUUCGAGGAUACAUGGAUAGAGUGCUUGGGCGAUCUUGGCAGGUACCGAAUGGCUAUCGAGGACGAUGACAUUCGGGACAGGGAGGUCUGGACUUCCGUAUCCCGUCAUUGGUAUUCGAAGGCUUCUGAUAAAGCCCCUACUACCGGAAGACUAUAUCACCAUCUCGCAAUUCUUGCACGUCCUAACCCCCUCCAGCAGCUUUAUUACUAUACCAAGUCUCUUUGCGUCCCGAUUCCGUUCAGUUCCGCCCGGGAGUCGAUUAUGACCUUGUUUGAUCCCAUUCUUGAUCCAACAAGCGCUCAGCAUUCUCGAUUAAGUGCAGUUGACGUAGCUUUCGUCAAGGCGCACGGUAUUCUAUUUAGCAACAAAUAUACAGAUGAUUUUCUCUCGACGGUUGACAAGUUUAGUAGUAUGCUAGAUAACCACAUUGGUCGAACUACACGAAAGUGGAUGGAGUCUGGGUACUACAUUGCCAUAUCAGACUGCAAUGGUCUCUUAUCUUAUGGCCAAGACGAAAACGUCAUUUUGAAGGCGAUACGUCCACAACACCCAGAAGAAUCAACUGAUCCUAGUACGGAACCAGAGGAUGCUCUACGCGAGUACAAGCCUAGCAAGACGGAAGAGUGGGCUCUUAAACUAUUCGGGGUUACGUGUGAUGUCGUUUUGCGAAGGCUGGGUGACUUCAACAUUCUCCCAUUUUUGCACGUAGUUUUGGUUUUCGUAUUCCACCUUACUCACUAUCCUAGUGCAUUGUUCUUUAUUGAAAAGACAUUCCCCUGGAAGUUGGUUUCGCUCCAACUAAAUUCACUACUCUUAUCAUACCGGGAACACCAUCGAAUCCACAAUGAACAGUUUCCUAGACAGGAUAAAGAACCUGCCCCUCGCCCGUUGCCGGAAGACUUUGCGAUGAAGGGCCUCGUUUGGGUGGAUAAGUACUUCCCGAACGACUGGUUCUCUAACGACAAAAUAGACGACGAUGAAAAAUACUUUGAAGUCGCUUCCAUGACAGGGGAUCGGAAAGAAAGAAUUUUAUGGCUAGGAUGCCGCAUUGCAAAGUUUGGGAAAUGGCUCACCUACGACGAGACGCUGCAUCAGUUUGGUGUCACGCCUGAGUAUAAUACGGAAAUAGAAAGCAUUGCCAAAGAUUCAGAUAUGGCGCUGAACGUCUCUGAUAUUUCCGAAUCAGCCUCUCGGAGUUCUACGUUUGAUUCAAUAACUACCAUGGGGGACGCAACAUCUGAAAGGGACGAUGAGGAUAUGAUAGACGUUGACGAAGCUCUAGAAUGCAGGCCAAUAAUUCGACAAUAAAUUGGGCUCAACAGCCUUUUCCAUUAUGUCACUCACGGCACGUUCCAAUUACGGGGCUUAAAUGGCCUAGGCAGUCACAUUCAUGUUCCCGAGAAUGUUGUUGACGAGAGAGGCUCAUGGCGUCUCACUUAGACAUAUUCUGAGGCCCCCCUUCGCAUGCAUGAUCUUAUCUGCCUCGUUUCACGAUG